AUGCAUUUCCAACCCAUUGAGAACCUGGGCGACGAUGCCUACGUUUCUGGCGAAGGUGGCGCCUUCAUCGCAACCUCGAAUGUGAACGACAGCCUUGAUGACAUCUUUGGCGGGGAUGAUCUCCAACCUGCUGAAGAUUACCACCCUUCGGAUAUGAGGAGGCUGGAGACGGAGCACACUACGGCAGGGUACCGUGAAGGGAUAGCGCUCGGCAAAGAAGCGACCCUGCAGCAAGGUUUCGACGAGGGUUAUUCCGUGGGCGCCGCCCUGGGACUGCAGGCUGGACAGCUGCUUGGCCUCCUAGAGGGAAUUGCCGAAGCGGCAAAGGCAAAUGCGGACAAUCUCACGGCAGAGAUAGAGACACUAUUAAAUGAAGGCAGGAUUGAGUUGAGCGUUGAGAAGAUUUUUAGCUCCGAUCAUUGGAAGCCCAACGGGGAACGCAACUACACGAUCUCUCCCUCGGACUCUACCGCCCACCAGGUAGCGCAGGCUCACCCGGUCAUUCGCAAAUGGAUUGGUAUCGUGGACGAACAGGUCCGUAUCUGGGGAGUUGAUAAGUCUCUUCUGGAUCAUCUCAACCCAGAACCAGCGCAACAAACCUACGAGGAGCUUCCCGCCCACGGAGAUGAACCAGCAAGGGAUCUUUUGGAUUGGUGA